CCCAGGGCCUCACUGCCAGUUUCCCAUGUGGGGUUUGUAAUAAGGUGGAUCCAGGAGUUAGUCCUGCUCUCUUCUGGGUGACGCGGAUUGGAAAGGGUUCGACAAGAAAAGGUUUUCUUUAACCCCACUAAGUUAUACAGUAGUACAUUCACCUGUAGAGGAAAUUGAAAUUGUUUCAAAGAUAGACCAUGAAGUGGACGUGGGUGCUUGUGGCAGUCUUGCUGUCAUUUGGGGGGCAAUCACUGGCCAAGGAAAGCUUGGACUUUCCUGAAUAUGACGGUAAGGACCGCGUACACAACCUCAACGCCAAGAACUACAAGACCCUGAUGAGGAAGUACGACGUUAUGGUAGUGUACUACCACGACCAUCCCGGAUCCAGCCGCGUCGCCCAGAGACAGUUUGAGACUGAGGAGUUGGCCCUUGAGCGUGCAGCACAAGUCCUGGAGGAAUUUGAUGACGAGGAUAUUGGAGUUGGACUCAUUGAUGCAAAGCUCGACAAAGUGGUUGCAAAGAAAUUAGAACUCGAUGAGUCCGACAGCAUCUUCAUCUUCACCGACGAUGAAGUUAUAGAGUAUGAUGGUGAACUUGAGGCAGACACGCUUGUGGAGUUCAUCUAUGAUCUUCUCGAGGACCCUGUGGAAAUUAUUGACAACAGCAGGGAACUGAAAGGCUUUGAAAACAUCGAAGAGGACAUCAAAUUGGUGGGCUACUUUAAGAGUCACAAGUCUGAACAUUUCGAAGCAUAUGCUGAUGCCGCUGAAGAGUUCCAUCCUCACAUCCAGUUUUUUGCCACCUUUAAUCCUAAGGUUGCUAAGGCCCUUGAGCUGAAGCUCAAUGAAGUGGACUUCUAUGAACCCUUCGUGGAUGACCCUGUGGUUAUUCCUGGAAAACCUUACACUGAGAAAGAACUAGUGAAAUUCAUCGAAGAUAAUGACAGACCAACACUGAGGAAACUGAAACCCAGCAACAUGUACGAGAUCUGGGAGGAUGAUGUUGAUGGAGAACACAUUGUCGCUUUUGCAGAGGAGUCAGAUAUCGAUGGCUUUGAGUUCUUGCACAUCCUGAAGCAAGUUGCUGAGGAUAACACAGACAACCCUAACCUCAGUAUUGUCUGGAUUGACCCUGAUGACUUCCCUCUGCUUUUGCCACACUGGGAAAAGACCUUCGGAAUUGACCUGUCCCACCCACAGAUUGGUGUCGUUGAUGCUGAUGAUGCUGACAGCGUAUGGAUGGACAUGGAUGAUGGGGAGGACUUACCGACUGUGGAUGAGCUGGAAGACUGGAUUGAAGAUGUACUGUCGGGACAUAUCGAUCCUGAUGAUGAUGAUGAUGAUGAUGACGAUGACGACGACGACGACGAUGACGACGACGACGAUGACGAUGACGACGACGAUGAUGACGAUGACGAUGAUGAUGAUGAUGAUGACGAUGAUGACGAUGAUGAUGACGAUGAUGACGACGAUGAUGAUGACGACGACGACGACGAUGAUGACGACGAUGAUGAUGAUGACGACGAUGAUGACGACGACGAUGAUGAUGACGAUGAUGAUGACGACGAUGAUGAUGACGAUUAUUAAAUUACUAAGUUGUAAUUUAAACUUUAAGUCUGACCAAUGCCAUUUCAAGUCAACAUUAUCAUCGCAUCGAUGACUCUACUGAAUCAUCCACUUUUGUAAUAAGUUCUUAUCAUGAAGUCAUCUGUUCAUGUAAAUCCCUCUUCUUCCUCCUCCCUUAGACUUUCUUUGCAGCUCACCAGAAUCACUAUUCCAUUUUGUUUUGUCCUUCUCCCUGACAGUCACUGAACCAUUAUGUAAAAAAAAAUCUUCUAUUUAUUUCCACAUGUAAUUCUGUCUUGUACAAUAAAACAAGAUAUUCUUUAAAAAUCUUGUCACCUACUGCUUUUGAUUUUGAAAAUAUUAAAGUUUUUAUAUUAACGGAAUUAUAAGGGUUUCAUCGUUUUUAUGCAAACUUCUGAGCCCAAUUGUUUUUUGUUUCCUUUUCUGUUUGCAUGUUUUAUGCUUAUUCAGAUAUGUUUUUGUUUACCCCAAUACUGAUCUGAAUAUUAUCAAAUUCAAAGGUGCUACAGUCUACCACGUUGGGUCUCAAACAUAACCAGUAUAAUGCUGUACAAUGAAAGUACUGUACAUCAUAUGGAUGUUUCUAUGAUGAUGGAUUACGAGAAAAACCAGAUUCUAUUUUUGUAAAGAGCAAAUUUUGAUUUACUGUAAAGUCUUAAAUAAACAUCAAAUUGGACAGAAA